UUCCUUUCCUUUCACGCCUUUCUUCAUCCUUUGUUGUUCAAUAUUAAAUAUUAGUUAUUUCCUUUCUUAUUUACUUUUUCUACUAACUAGCUGGGUUUGUAAUUUAAUAUUUUACUGAUUCCUGUAUCCUCCCUAAUAGAGAUAGACUUGUUUAAUCCUGGAGAGACAUUUCACACUGUUGAAAGAGUUUCUUAGGACAGUGCCUAGCACGACUCAAGUCCAUCCGUGUAUCCGCUUACAAAUAAUAUUGAAGCAGUGUUAUUAUUGAAUUUCUUGCUCUCAAUUACUACAAUCUAAGAAACUAUGGCAAACAACACUGAUGCUGAAAAUACUACUGAUACUACCAAUACUGGUGCUACCUCCGAUGCCCCAGUUCCAGUUGCACUAUCAUAUGCCAGGCCAUUUCCAGAUGUGUCGAAUAUCAAAAUUUUCGCCAAUGAAAAUUUCAAGCGUUGGCAAGAACAUAUUUUCUCACUGCUUGAUGUCCAUGGUUGCACAUGCAUUGCUGCAUCCACAACCUAGUGCAGACGCUGACAAUAAAAUAGUAAAAUCAUGGCAACAUUCCAACAAGGUAUGCCGUCAUACCAUAUUGUAAACUAUUUCUAAUGAACUGUUUGGCGUUAUUGCAGCUAUAAAGAAGCAAAAGCUAUAUGGUAAGCCUUAAUUAAAAAAUUCACUGCUGAAGAUGCUACAAAACAAAAAUUUGUAGUAGAAAUUUUUUAUCAGUGGCAGAUGAGAGAUGAUAAAGAGAUGAACGUACAAAUCAACGAAUUUCAAAAAUUGUUGGAAGACUUGAAGGCCAAGGGGAUGUCAUUCCAAAAAAGUUUGUUGCUGGAGUGCUGAUUGAGAAGCUGUCUGUCUCAUGAAGUGACUACAAAAAUAACUUAAAGCACAAACAGAAAAAUUUUACCAUUUAGGAAAUUGUGACCCACAUCCUAAUUGAAGAUUUCAACAAAAACGAAUAUGCCAAAGCUACGAUGACAGCCCUUAAAGCAAAUUUAGUGCAAAGCAGCAACAACAACAACAAAAGGUAUAGAGCAGGAAAUGACAAAGGAAAAACUAAUACUCCUAAGGCUAACUUAGCUGAAGGAGGUGAUAUUAUUGCAACUGCCAUUUCUCAAGUAAACAUUGUAGCACACGCAAAAGAAUGGGUGAUAGACUAUGGGGCUACUCGGCACAUUUGUGCAAAUCGAGAAGCAUUUUCCUCUUAUACUCCUGUAGAGGAUGAUAGAGAAGUUGUCUACCUUGGAGACUCAAGUACUACCAAAGUAUUGGAUAAGGGUAAAGUUCUCCUGAAACUCACAUCGGAAAAAACUUUAGCCCUUGUGGAUGGGUGCAGGUGCGAAGGAGCACCGCAGAAGCGGAUGAGCAGAAGCGAGAAAGAGUCCGCAGGUGCGGAUUGGCCAUUUUUGCUCAUUUCUCCAUUUUUUGGCGAUUUUUGGAGCUUCUUGAGAGGGGCUAUUAUGAGUUAAAUACAUUGAUUAUGUAGUGAGAAUUUGGGGUUUGAGGAAAAAACCUAGAAAAUUGAUAUUUUUGGAUUUUGACCACGAAAUUUGACAUGGAAUUGGGAAUA